AUGAUUCGUACUAGAACCAUAGUUCUGUUCGCAGCAGUCUUGCUUGUUACUGCCGCCAACGCACAAUUUGGUGGAUGGCGAGGCGGGUUUGACGAUGGAGACGGAAGGGGUCCUUUUGACGAUGGGGACGGUGGCGACGGUGACAGCAGCAGCAGCAGUGACGAUUCAUCCUCCAGUUCCACCAGUCAAAGCUCUGUCUUCUCCUCGGAAGCUGAAUUCAACAAAGCAACACGCAUCCUCAUUGCCCACGCCGUCUUAGCCUCUCUCGUAUGGGUCAUGUUUAUCCCGUCUCUUGCCAUCUUGUUACGGCUGAACAUCAAAAACCCCAUCGUCCUCAAGAUCCACGCCAUCGGCCAAAUCUUCAGCUAUAUCAUCUACAUAGUCGCGGCGGGCAUGGGCAUCUGGCUUGCACAACAGUCCGCUGCCUUUGGCAUUUGGAACGACGCCCACCCUCGAUUGGGCCUGGCCAUCCUCGCCAUCGCAUUCUUUCAGCCCAUUUUUGGUGCUAUCCAUCACCGUCUCUACAAAAGGCGCUCCCUGGCGGUCCAGGCUGGCAAACCUUCCAAGCCCCCCGGCCGCACACCCGUUGGCCGCGUCCAUCUCUGGGUUGGCCGCCUAUUGAUUCUUUUAGCCAUGAUCAAUGGCGGCCUCGGCAUCAGACUGGCAUCUUUCAGUCCAUUCCAGACUGAUUCCGACACACAAAAGGCGCGUAUCGCCUACAGUGUCGUGGCGGCCAUCAUGUUCGUCUUGUACGUGGUCUUCGUGAUCGCAUUCGAGAUCAGAAGAGCCCGCCAACGGAAAGCAGAACUGCAGAACCGAGAACAAGUCAUCGCGGUCAAGGAUACGUUACCGACUUAUGACGAAAGUGAAGAAUCGGUUGGGAGGAGCAGUCAGUAUCGCUAG